GUAAACACCACACGUCGAUAGCUGCUGCUCAGACUGGCUGGAGUUGCGUCACCAUGCUGCGCUGUUUCGUUCUUCUGCUGAUUUUCGGGUUCUCAUCCUGUUCUGAGAAGAUCCUCCUCCCGGUGGGCUCGGCGGUGAGGCUGCCCUGCCUGUCCGUUUAUCCUGAUGGCGCUCUGUCGGUCGAGUACUCCUGGUGGUUCAGCUCAUACCAGAACCAGGACUACGCCGAACAUCUCGCACCGCUGAACAAGUCCGGAUCGGAGCUGAGUCUCGGCUCGGUGAGGAUCAGCGACUCCGGAACCUACGAAUGUCUGGCUGAUGUUUCUACAGGAGUGGAGAGAACGAGGCUGAAGAUACCGUUCUUCGUUACAGUCAGGGAGAACCCCCCGCCUCUGAUGUGGUUGAUUAUUGAAGAAUCAGAGGAGAAACAAGUCACGCUGCCGUGUAAACCUCCCAACCCCCCCACCCGAAACACACCUAACCUGAACUCUGCCAGGGUGAGGUGGUUUAAACAAACCGGCGGAUCUUACCAGGAGAUCAAACCGUUUAAAAGAACCACAAACACCGAGAAGAAAAACAACCAGGUCCCGGCCGGGCGCUUUCACUGGGGUCCCGGUCCUGAGAAGCUGAACUGGUUCCUGGAGAUCUCUGAGCUGAGAGUAAAAGAUGAAGGAAUGUACAAGUGUGAGGUCACCAUGGGGUCCAAAACCACAACCACGCUGGUGGAGCUCAAAGUGGAGAAGGCUCCACUCCCUCGCUGUUUCAACCAAUCACACGCGUGGGAGGCGUGUCCCGCCGACGAGAAGAGCUCCGCCCAGAACGUGGUAAGGGAAUCACUGACCGCCUUCUCUGUCAACCUGUACCGGACCCUGACCACCAUCCAAACGUCCAGUAACCUGCUCUUCUCACCAAUCAGCAUCGCCAGCCUGCUGUCUCAACUACUGCUGGGAUCUCGAGCUGAGACGAGAGCAGAUGUGGAGAGCUUUCUCUCUCUUCCUGUUGGAUUCUCCUGCACUCACUCAGUGAUGAAGAAGCUGAAGGACGAGACCAAGGAUUCCAUUCUCAUCGCUAACCAGAUGUUCUAUAACCCAGUGCUUACAAUCAAUCAAGCUUUCAUCAACCAAUCACAGGAGUUCUAUGACUCGGUGCCUGAGAAACUGACCAAUAGCAGCGAGGCGAACGUGAAGAUGAUAAACGACUGGGUGGCGGCUAAAACCCAGAACAGAAUCACGGAGCUGGUGGAGUCCAUGGAUAACAGCGCCGAGUUCAUCCUGCUCAACGCCGUCUACUUCAUCGGUAAGUGGACGGGGACGUUUAAGGUUCAAGACGGAAUGUUUACCACGCUGACCGGUGACCUGGUGAUCGUCCCGACUCUCUACAACCCAGAGUUCAACCUGGCCGUCAAGUACCAACCCCAACUGAAAGCUACGGUGGCGAGGUUCCCUCUGGUGGGUAAGAGCAGCUUGUACAUCCUGGUACCGAACUCUGAGGGUGAAGAGGCUCUGGCGCGGGUCGACGCCCAGCUGACGGAGAGCAGCGUAGUGAAGCUGGUGAAGGAGAUGGAGGGUGUGGCCCCCGACUCGUCUGAAGUGACGUUACCCAAAGUUAAACUGCUGCUCAACACCGACCUGAUCGCUCUGUUCAGGAAGAUGGGUCUCUCUCAGUUGUUUGUGGACCCCAACCUGUGUGGGAUGUUCCAGCAGGAGGAGCCGGUGUUCCUGACCGACGCCCGUCACAGAGCCUUCAUGUCCCUGACGGAGAAGGGCGUGGAGGCGUCGGCCGCCAGCAGCGUCUCCUUCUCCCGAACCUUCAGCUCCUUCAGCGCCAUGCAGCCGUUCGUCUUCAUGGUGUGGAGCGACCAGAUCAGAGCGCCGAUCUUCAUGGGGAGGGUUCUUCAUCCACUGAAGAUGGAUUAGAGACGCCGGAGCUGGAGACGCUCACGCCGAUAAACCACAAUAAACGUUUCCUGUGUUCAGUCGUUCUGUGUGUUUUCUUAAACCACAAUAAAUACAAUAAAUACAAUAAAUAAA